AUGAAAUAUAGACCAUUCCAGAAGUCUAAAAGGGUUAAAGGGCCUAUGCAAGAGGUGGUGGUGGGUCCUGAUUGUCUGAUACUGUCCCCUGCACCGCACAAUCACUCCACCCCCGACAUGCGCACUUCACCAUCCCUCACUCCCCCUCCUGCUCUUCAUGUUCACCCUACAGUGAUUUCACUGACACAGCAAAUGAGUCAUGGAAUUAGGAACAAACAUAAUUGCCACAUGGCUCUUUAG